CCUCAUCACCCAUCAUUUCCUUCUCCCCAAUCCCCCAAGCUGCAGCAAACCACAAGCAAAAUGCGCCCCAACCCCCUCCUCCUCCUCACGCUCCUCUCAAAAACCACCACAACAGCAUGGGCGACAAACACAACCCCCCAAAGCCCACUAACCCCCCCAAACACCUGCCUAAGCCUAACCGGCGGCUCUGCAAACACCAACUUCGAGGCCUGCUGUAGCAGCAGCCAAAAGUCCGGCCGUGGCACCGUCGACGGCGUCGAGUUCACCUACACCUGCCAGCAAUGGGCGACGCCCUACGCCGCGAAGCCAGUCGUCGCCGCCAGCGCGCGCGAAUGUGCCCAGCUUUGCGCGGCCGCUGGCAAGGACUGUCCCGCUGCUGCGUGGAUGGCGCGCGGGCAGUGUUAUACUAUUACUGCCGCGGGGUAUUCUGUUCGGCCGCUGAAGGGGAUUCUUUUGCUUGAGAAGGUGGGAGAGGUUGUUACUGAGGAGCCGGUGGUGGGUGGUGGUGGUGGUGAGAGUGGUGGGUGCGAUGAGGUGAAGGCGGAGUGCGAGAAGGUGAAGACGGAGCAGGUUGCUCAGUGUGAGAAGGAGAAGACAGCCCUGGUGGAAAGCGAGAAGGCACAGUGUGUUAAGGAGCAGACUGGCCAGUGUGACAAGGUGAAGACGGAACAGGCUGCCCAAUGUGAGAAGGACAAGGCGGCGCUCGUGGAAAGCGAGAAGGCGCAGUGUGAUAAGGUGAAAACGGAACAGUGCGACAAGAUGAAGACGGAGCAGGCUGCCCAAUGUGAAAAGGACAAGGCGGCGCUCGUGGAGAGCGAAAAGGCGCAGUGUGCUAAGGAGCAGACUGGGCAAUGCGACAAGAUGAAGACGGAGCAGGCUGCUCAGUGUGAGAAGGACAAGGCGGCGCUCGUGGAGAGCGAGAAGGCGCAGUGUGCUAAGGAGAAGACGACCCUGACUGAAGACGCGCAGAAGCAGUGCGCCGCCGAGAAGGAACAGCUCCAGAAAGCACUUGACGAAGCCAACCAGAAGCUGAAGGAGCUGCAAACCGGUGGCGGCGGUGGCGAUAGCGCGGGCUCCGCGACCUCACCCACAAACGAAGCCCUAGUCGCGGACAUUGCGCGCGAGAACUUCAGUUCGAUCUGCCCGAAGUUCGCGGGUAAGACAUUCAUCACCGUUGAUAAACAGGGCUACAAGCACGAAUGGAUGCUCUACUGCCACACAGGAGUUUCGGGGGCGUCGACCCCCAGCUACAACUGGAGCUGCCACACGCAGAAUAUUAUUCAGCUGCUGCAGGAACAGCAGGAUAGGUCGGAUUUCAAGGCCCUCUGGGUUAACACUGCUAAUGUCUGUACGCCCUGGCAUGGGGGUUAUGUGGGUGUUGGUACUGCUUUCGGGAACCACCAUCUGGUUUUGCCCACACGUCAGCCUUGGAAAUGAGAGGAAUUGCGAGACAUUGUGUAGAGUC